AUGGCACGUAUCUCUACCAUAUUUGUGUUCUUUCUCAUUUCUAUACUCUGCACAGGGAGUGUGACUGAGAUCUGCAGAGGGACGCACUGUUUCUCUGGCCAGGACUGGAGCAGAUCGUGCGUCGGAGCGCACUGCCAGAGGCGCACGGAGACAGCAGCGUCCCGAAGGCAGUUUCAUCCCUCUGCACAAUCCAGACAGGGACAAGUCUACCCGAGUAACCAACAGGAUGCUCAUUUCAGUCAUCACCAAGCUCAGAGCGCGCCGUUAGCGCCGUACAUCAUCCACCCUCAGCAGGGAGGCUUUGCGCAGCAAACGGGCGCGGAUGGCACCAGGAGGACGAACCCGAGGACCAUCACGGCGGAGGUGUUUCAUCCUGGCUGCGCCGGUGGGACCUGUCCGACCACUGUCUCUCACCGCCAAACGAAUGAUGACAGUGCAACACGGGAAUGCAAAGGGAUUGGAUGUAAACUGCCGCUUAGGAUGCUCCAGAAGCCCAAGCCUUGCGUCGGAGACGGCUGCGGUCAGCACGGAGGAGAGGACGGGAGAGGAAGCUCUUCUCCGGUUCAUGUGACGGACAGAGCAGCACAAUUUCUGGAUGAGCUUCCAGACUUUGGGUCGGAACGUGGAGCAUGGAUACAGCUGACAUGUGAUAUGAAACCAGGAAACAAUGAAGUUCCCUCAGAGGACGCUCUUGUGCUGCAGUUGCAGCUGUCUAAGAGCCAGGAGAAGCUGGUUGAGGCGCUCAGGGGCCAACAGGAUGAAGUAAGGGAGCUGCAGAGGCUCCUGAGUGAGCAGCAGGGGACGCUGGUCAACCAGCAGAGAGAAAUACUGGAUCAACAGAGGAGGAUGUACGAACAGAUGGAGCAAGUGAAAGCCCAGUACAGCACAUUGAUGGACAGAAUCAAACAAACAUCUUUCCAGAACCUCCAGGGGGAGCUCGACAGUCACAUGGAAACCUUGAGUGGGCAGGUUAGAGCCCACCAAGCACAGCAGGCUCUGUCUUUGCACAAGGUGGACAUGGAGGCCAGCGUGAUGGAGGUGGGUCGCUCUCUGUUAGCCUGUGGCAGCUGUGGCACUGAGGAGUACUGCGGCUUCAGCAGCGGUCAUCCUCGCUGCGAGAGGUGCACUAUCUGUCCUGCCGGCUUCUUCCUGGUCGCCCAGUGUUCGGUCCACGCAGACAGAAUCUGCCAGGACAGAGAUGAGUGCCUUGAAAUAGCUGAUCUGUGUGGAGAUCAACAGAAGUGUGUCAACACACCAGGUGGUUUCAGGUGCCAGGGCAUGACAGAGCGAGACGCCAACUCAGGAAUGUGCGGCCACGGCUACUUCUACAAUUCUGACAUGGAUGAGUGUCAGGCCUGUAAUGAGUGUGAUGGAGAACCUGUAGCUUUACCCUGUACCUUCACCACAGACACCAUCUGCUCUGGCCCUGGUGCCAGUGACAGCACCCUCUCUUUGUCCUGGGCAGGAGAUGUGAGUCUGUCGGGGGCAAAAGGCCACUUCUUGGCUCACGCCUUCCCCAGUGUGCAGCUUCACAUCCAGGGGAGAGGCGAUGCAGGUCUGGUGUCUGCUGAGGACGGGCGCGUGGUGCUAAGGCAGCAUGGUCUCGUCUGGUUGGAUGAGAAUCUAUCGGUGAGCCACGGCUGUCGCAGCUUCAUCCAGGUGUGCCUGCGUGUGAACAACACUGACGGUUCAGAAGGUCGAGACCUCAGUGGCGUUCGGGUGGAGCAGCGUGAGGGAAGGUCGCUCCAGAGUGUAAGCAUCAGUGGGGUAGCAGAGGUCGCCCCGGGUCACAUGAUCUCCAUCAUCCUGCGUAGUGCCAGCCACUACUGUAACCAAAGCAGUGAAGGACUGCAGCUAUACGACUCCUCAGCAGCUUCGCUCAGCCUCCUUUGGCUCUCCCAUGAUACCGGGGCUGUUGCCAUGACAGCCCAAGCAAUGGUGUCCGCGCACUACCACACAAACUAUCGCCCAGUCUUCCGCACUACCUCCACCUCGGACCCUUACGUAGUGGGACUGACUCAUGACGGACGUGGGAUCCGUUUUGCUGAAAGUGGCACAGUGCGUUUUGUGUUCCAGCAGGCUUUGUACUCCAUGGGUCAGGCCUGUGUGAGUGAAGGCUUCCAGCUCUUGGCGUACCUCAACCGUAAUGGAACUGGCAUGGAGCUGUGCCGUGCAUUCAAGUCAGGCGUCCACUACCGGGACACAUCCAUAUCUCUGUCCGGAGCAGCCAAAGUCGGUCCUGGGGACACACUGGCCUUUGAGAUCCUCUGUCCUGCUCAGUGCAACGUUCGCUUCUUUGGCGACGACACAGGCAUCAGCAGCCUCAGUUUGGUUUGGAUCCCUGCUGCCAUUUCUUCCUCUCUGUCUGCAUCUGUGGCUCACACCGGCCUUCCCUCAGGAGCUGUCCGAAACAAGCCGCUGUUCUUCCGCCAGACCAGCGCUCAGGUGUCCCAGAUGGGGCUGCUAGGGAAGGGAUCCACAGACCACAGGCGAGAUUUUGUCUUCAGGGAGAGUGGCACAGCCAGUGUUGCUCUGGAUCUCAAACUCAUUCACUCCUGCAACUUGGUCAAGGUGACUCUGCUCAGGCGAAGUGAUGCAGAGGGGAGAGGAGGCGGCACAGUGGCAGAGGGAGCUCGGCCCCUCCCCUUGGCUCAGCAGGUGGGUGGUCAGAUGCCAGAGGGAAGCCAGUGGGCCAGUGUGAGCCUGCGGGCUUCCUUCCAAGUUCAUAAUGGCACAUCAGUGUUCUUCACACUGGACUGUGUACGUGGACGGGUCAACCAGAUCAACCACCAGACAGGAAGUGGGGUUUCAAUCCUCUGGGUGGAAGCUUAAUAAAAGAAAGACAUAACUCUGCUAUGUUGUUUCUUAUUAUGGUUUCCAGUUCAACAGAAAUUGGAUAGACUGUUUUUUUAAGUAAUCAUUCAACAUUUUGGAAAAUACACUUAUUUCUUCAUAACAGAAGAGUAAAUUGACACUUCUCAUUUCUGCAUGUUCUCCCUGUGCCUGCGUGGGUUCUCUCCAGGUACUCUGGCUUCCUCCCACAAUACCAAAAACAUGCAUGGGUUAACUAAGCUAAGCUAAGCUAAUCGCCUCCCAGCUGUAGAUUUAUAUAUAAUGGACAGAUAUAGGACAGGAUAAGAUAUCAAUAAGAGUAUUUCCCAAACUUUGUACUAUUCCUUUAAGCUACUUACUCUUGUAGUGAGUAGCCUGUAGCUAAUUUUUCUUGUUCUACAAAAUUAUUUUCUAUAUAUAUAAAUAC